AUGUCUUCAAAAGGAAUUCAAAAGAAAACCAAAGCCGUUGAUGCGACAAAGAAACUUGCCGAAAAGAUCAAGAAGCAAGCAUUGAAACAAAAAGCAUUAGCCUCGGCUUCUUCAGCUGCCUCUACAAAGGAGUCUUUACCUGUUUCUGAAACCAUCAGCAUUUCUACAAGUGAGACACCCGUCUCAGAUGUGUCAGAAUUAUCGAAUAAAGAGGAUCUUUCUACUAAAAAAGAUCAAUCUUCAGCAUCAUCAUCAUCAUCAACAUCAUCGUCGUCAUCACCACCGUCUGUCCAAUCUUUUACAGAGUUUGAUCUUGUGCCAGAGCUUUUGGAAUCCAUCCAAUCUCUUAAAUAUACUCAACCCACCCCAAUUCAAGCAGCGGCCAUUCCUCAUGCACUUCAGGGAAAAGACAUUGUUGGUAUUGCCGAGACAGGGUCUGGUAAAACUGCCGCUUUUGCCAUUCCUAUACUUCAAACAUUGUAUACUGCUGCCCAGCCAUAUUAUGCAUUGGUUUUGGCUCCUACAAGAGAAUUGGCAUUUCAAAUCAAGGAGACAUUUGACGCCUUGGGUUCAUCGAUGGGUUUAAGAAGUGUUUGUAUUAUUGGUGGUAUGAGCAUGAUGGAACAAGCAAGGGAUUUGAUGAGAAAACCACAUGUAAUCAUUGCCACUCCCGGUAGAUUGAUCGAUCAUUUGGAGCAUACAAAGGGGUUCUCGUUGAAGAAAUUGCAAUAUCUAGUCAUGGAUGAGGUUGAUCGAAUGAUUGACCUUGAUUAUGCUAAGGCUAUUGAUCAGAUUUUGAAACAGAUUCCUAGUCACCAGAGGAUCACUUAUUUAUAUACUGCAACAAUGUCGCGAGAAAUUGAGAAAUUUAAGCGAAGCUUGAAUAGCCCCGUACAAGUGGAAAUUGUUAAGCUGGAAAAAGUUCCUGAUAAAUUGAAACAGACAAUGUGCUUAACCAGUCCCAAUACCAAAGACACGAGACUUAUCCAGAUUGUGAAUCUGGAUUCAAUGAAGCGUGUGAUUAUAUUCACAAGAACUGUGGUGCAUACACGAAGAUGUUGUUUAAUGUUGCUCAACUUGGGCUUUAAAUGUGUUGAGUUACAUGGUCAAAUGCCACAGAGUCGUCGAUUAGGUGCGAUAAACAAAUUUAAAGCAGGAACUCCGAUUUUGGUGGCAACGGAUGUUGCAGCAAGAGGAUUAGAUAUUCCUGCUGUUGAUCUUGUGAUUAAUUACGAUAUUCCUGACCCAACACUGUACAUCCAUCGAGUUGGAAGAACAGCAAGAGCAGGUAAAGCAGGUAAGGCUAUUUCAUUGGUGACACAAUAUGAUCUAGAGUCCUACUUGAGGAUUGAGAAUACUUUAGGUACGAAAUUACCCAAGGAGGAUCUUCCCUUGGAUGAAAUGCAAGGCUUGCAAGUAUCGGUUGACCGUGCGCUUUCCAAAGCUAUACAAAUGCUCAGGAAUGAGGAAAACGAUAAUAAACUGAGGCAUAGAGGAAGAAGCAACAACAAAUAA